ACAAAAAAAACCUGUUAAUACCAGAGAGGGGAAACACUCACCUUAAAGUUAGUGGCUCAGACAGGUUUUACAUCGUUCACAUUAUUCAGCCGAGCAACGACGAUGGACUGGUGUCACCUCCAGGGGGAGUUGAAGACUCCUGUCCACUUCACACUACAGAAUCCAAGGAUAAGCAACCAAUGGGCUUGGAUGUAGUUCCAGGCAGACAAAUUCCAUUUCAAGGAAUUACUAUUUUUUUUACCAAUUAUAUGAUUUCCGAUUUGCCAAAAAUUUGCCCCAAACAAGCAGCAAAGGAGGAGCUGUCACACUGGACAAAACAUGACAAACAUCUCCCGAUAUCUCGUUAAUCACCUCCUGACGUUCUCACUGCAGAAUGGGGAGGUUCAGAACGUGGAGGAAGCCCAAGCUCGUCUCUCCUUCCUGGCUCAGAACAAAAAGCUGUGGAGUCAAGAGAUGUUCCUGAACGUCGGACCAGACGCCAUUCACCUCCGGGACACAAAGAGUCAGGAAGAACUAGAAAACUACUCGUUCAGAUCCAUCUUCCGCUGUGAGGCCAUUCACACAGAGAAACAUUUCCCGUCCCUCCUCCUGCUGGUGUGCCAAAGCACGGAGCAGAAGAAGCCGGACAUCCACUUCUUUAACUGUGACACCGUGCAGGCAGAACAAAUCUGUGAUGACAUCACACGUGCAGUUUCGGAUUCCUCCUCCAGCAGCAGAAACACGCUCCGGGCUACCUUCAGGCGUCCUCAAACUACAGGGGAGAUGAUCGACCCUUAUAAUAUCCCAAGUCAUCCUGUCCCACAUGCACCCAACCCCCCUCCAGGCAACCCUCCACCUUACCCUGGACGUAGAGCAGCAAACAGAGUGAAUGGUGGCCCUGAUUUCUCUUACCCGCAAGCAGAGCGAGAAGUGGGAAUCCUCAAUCACUGUUUUGAUGACAUCGAGAGCUUCAUGGGCAAACUGCAACAGACUGCUGAGGCUGCAACGGAGCUGAGCCAGACGAAGAAGAAGAAAAAGAGGAAAAGCAAAAAGAACAAUGCUGAAGAGGACUUGCUCGCCGCGAAGGCCUGUCCACCUGCAGAGGCGGAAUUUAUUGAUAUCUUCCAGAAAAUUAAAUAUUGCUUCAGCUUAUUGGCCCGUUUAAAAUCUUUCAUCGCCAACCCUUCGUCAGAGGAACUCGUUCAUCACGUGUUUAAGCCUCUGGAUAUGAUGGUAAAAACAACUGGGGGACCAGCCAUGGGAGCUUCAGUGUCCAGCCCUGCAAUGACCAACUCUGCCGUGUCCCUGCUGCAAGACAACCUGAAGGCAGAGGAGCACCAGCUGUGGACGUCUCUGGGGCCCAACUGGACUCAACCUUGCUCCCAGCUCAGAGAUCCAGUAGCUCCCUACACCCCUGUAUUCUUAGACGGCUGGAAGCCAGAACCCUUGAGGCCAGAUGGGCAGGCUUGGGAGGAUCCGAUCGAGUCACAGCACAAAAAGGAAACUCUCCAAGUAAAACAGCAACAGCAGCCACCUCAGCAAGUCGUUUUACCCAACACCCACAUCAGCGACAAAACAGACGGAGGUUCACCCCCUCCAGAGUCCGAGAGACUCUACAGCUGCAGUUAUGACUUCAUAGCCAGGAACAGCAGCGAGCUUUCCGUGCAGCAGGGGGAGACCCUCGAGGUGAUCGAAUCCUCCAAGCGCUGGUGGAAGUGUCGCAAUCGUUUCAACCAGGUCGGCUUUGUGCCCUUCAACAUCCUGGAACCCGUCGCUCACAUCGACAGCCCGGUGGCGACUAAACCUCCCAAUGCUCCAGUCCCGCCUCCGCUUGCCAAGCAGUUUAAUAUGGUCCCACCCAGUCCUCCUGUCCAGCCCAAGGCCCCGUCCCCCCAACGCCCACGCAGCUUACCGCCAUACAACCAACAUGUACCACCUUCUGGGGAUUCUGAUAAAGCCAUAUCUGUGAACGAAGAGCUGCUCCAGAAGUUGACCAACGGAAAGGCCAACCUGAACAAACCUCUGGUCAUCCCUCGUUCCUCAGACACCUCUGCUCCCCUCAACUAUCACUCCCCUCCAGAGGAGGUGGCAGAAUGGCUCCGUACGAAGGGAUUCAGUGACCCGACAGUGUCCUGUUUGGGAGUGCUGACAGGUGCUCAGCUCUUCUCCCUCAAUAAGGAGGAACUACGUGCUGUGAUUCCAGAAGAGGGCACCAGAGUGUACAGCCAGCUGGCUGUGCAGAAAGCGCUGCUGGAGGAUGUACGAAAAGCCACAGAGCUGGAGACUGUUAUGGAGAUACAGAAACAGAAGGUUGACCUGAAACUGGAGAGCAGCACGUUGUGAGACGCUCGCGUGAACAUGAGAUUCACAUCAGAGCCUCAAUCGAGAUUCAAGUUUUCAUCAGUGAAUAAACAUGUAGUGGUGUCUUGACCCUCAUCAGCAGGGUGACUUGUCUGAGCAGCAACACAUAUCUAGAAUUUUCUUGUAUUAACAUGCAACAAGUACAGUACACGUUAAUAUUUAACAUUAAAGCACACUGUCAUUUGACUUCCAUGUUCUAUUUUUCUUUGCCAAUUUAUACAGUUUGGUUUGUCUGUUCUGUGAUUUGCAACCAUGUUGAAAAAACUGAACUGCGGCAAGAAAAAAAAAGUCUGUACAACAUUAAAAUGAAAAUGGCAUUUUUAAUUGAUAAAGUUUCCCAGAACAGAUGACUUCCAACAAUCAGUAAAUUACUGCAUCCAUUUAAAAAUCUGCUCACAUUUAACUAUAGUUGAGGAAGCAACCAAGUGGUCCAAUCUGAGUCCAAAGUAAAUUUAACUUGACUUUUGUACAUGGUUUUACCACACAUACCAAAACGAUAAAUCUGCAGUUACACCCCCACAUCUUGUUAAAUUAAAACAAAUCAAGACUAAUAACUAUAAAGCAAGAGGGCUGCCUCCAGUACUGGCAACAUAAACCACAAUUGGGAGAACAGACUGUAGUCACGAGCACUAUCUUUUAAAAUGGGUUUCUUGAAAUAUGAACAAACAUUCAACUGCUCUCAGGCUGCGUCUCAACACGACAUCAUCACAGGAGCUGGUGAAACCAUAAACCUCUGGAUCAUGACCAGA